AUGAGUAUAAUCUUUGUAAACUCUUCAAGUGGUGUUGUAUCCCAGUAUAUAUCAAUUAAUCCUGAUCACGGUUACUUUAAAUUAGGAAUCGUAAAAUACAGUGAGACUAUUAUUUUUGCACAGUUUUAACAUUCUGAUCUCAACAAAUAUUUCUAUUAAAAACUGUAGCUUAAUAAACAGUCAUUUAAAUUUGAAACUUAAUGGGUCAGAGAUUUUAAACUUCCUUCAAAUAGUCAAUUUUAGUCUAAUUUUGAACUAUUUUCUUUGUAAACAAGCAGAGGAACAUUUAUUGAGAAAAAUAGAAAAUUCAUUAUGUGUUUCUCAUAAAGCACAUCAAGUUAGGCAAACCUUGCCAUAACUAAUGAUAUCUUCACUAAAGUAGCAGCUUUUCUUAUCGAUGACAUUCUAAGUUCUUAUUGGUCAAACAUUGAAAUUGAAUUUAGCAUCGACUACAAUAAUCUAGACUAACAAAAGCUCAAAGCUCAUCUAUAUUAUAUGAAAAACUAUUUAAAUUCGAUGGAAAUUGAUUUCAAAACUCUUGGAGCACGCUUUAAUAUCAGAUUUACUCAUUUAUAUUUAAUCAACAUGGCUCAAGUAAAUGCUUUUCCAGUACUGAAGUUAAUGGAUCUAGAUAAUUAGAAUAAAUUGGAAGAGAAACAUGAUCAUGACAAUUAGUGCCUAAAUAAUUUGCCUCCUUCAUACAAAGUUAGUGAUAUAUACUUUGAUUCUUAUAAAGAUGGUACUUAGAUGAUCUAUACCUUACCUAAAUCUCCAUACGAGAUCUACUAAAAUUAAAAUUAAUAAUUUGAUAAGAAUUAAGCUUUAUUUUCAGUUGCAGCUAUCACUAAAAAUAUUCUGACAAUAUAUUCAGCGGAUAUCUCAACUGCUGGAGAUUAUUUGCUUUAACUAAAUGCAUUAAUCAACAAUGAUAUUGUCGGAACAAUACCAAUUUACUUAAAAAUAACAGGGGAUAAAUAAGAUUCAUUAAACAACCAAAAAUUUGCCAAUGAAGAACUAAGAAAUUGCAAUUAAGAUGAUCUUGUUGCAUAUACUGAAAAAACUACUAUUUUCAAAAUAUCCUAAUGCUUAUAAAUGAUCAGAGCAAAAGGUUACAUUAUAAACAUAAACACCAAAACUAUAAAAGAAUUCUCUAAAAAUAUAUUAAAUGGGUUCUAGUUAAAUCCUCACAGCAAAGAUAUAGGCAUAUAUAAAGUAAAAAUCUAAAUAAGAGACAGCUAAUUCAAGUCAUUAAAAGUUUAUUAUGAUUUCAAAGUCUUUGUAUAAAAAAGUCUUGAUGGUAUUUUAAAAUGCAGUGAGUAAGAUUAAAGAUUUUGUAAUCCAAGAAUAGCAAGAGUCAGUGUUGAGGGUAUUGUAGUUUUAAAGUUUCCAAAAGCUAUAGUUCCAAUUGAUAGAUAGUUCUAUGAUAAUGCUUCUAAUGGUUUAUAAAUUACUCUCAUAAAUUAGGAGUAUUCAAAUGCAACUUUGUUAAAGUACUCAAUAAUAGAUUCGACAAAGAAUUAAAUCUUAAUAUAGCUUGUGUUCUAAAAUCCAAUUGAUGUUUCUUAAUCUAUUCUUGUAAAUUAAUACAAUGUUAAUUUAUUUUAGGGAAAAGAUCAAUUAUGA